AUGAGUGAGUUCCAGAACCAAGACCCCGAGCCGAUAUACACACGGAAAACAAGGGUAAGAUGUAAGCUCAGGCCCUAUGACCGGGGGCAGACAUACGCCACGGUGCAGACCGAGGUAUCAAACUACCUUCAAAGCCUCCAGGAUUACAUAGCGCAAGACCCAUUGGAGAACUUCUACUGCCAGUAUCUGUUUGAGUUGUGCAUGGAGAAGCCGCCUCUGUCGCCCAACUCCCAGCAGGCCCUGACGUAUAAUGUGUCCAUUCCUUCUCAAGAGUCGGUCCCUGUCCAAGUGGACUUUCAACAACUGUCAGGGCGGUCUUUCAACAGCCAGAAACAUGACCUGUUCGAGAGGUCUAUGGUGCACCCCAGAGCAUGUGUGCCAUCACGGAUCUCUAGAGACGUUCCGGCGAUCGUCUUACGCACACCAGAGGUCAGGACCAGGAGAAUCUCAGGCGUCUCUGAGAAUGCUUUUAGGAGUCAGAAGUACGACCUGUUCGAGAUGUCCAUGGUGCCUCCCAAAGUAGAGCUGCCUUCUUUCAUCUCUAAGGACGUCCCGGCAGUUGUCCUGAAAACCCCAGAGGGCAUGAAAAGAAUCAGUGACGGAGACUUGUCCGAGGGCCAGUCCAUGACUCUAGGCCUGAUAGAGGCUUUGAUGAUUGAGAUGUUCAGGGGAAAGGCAGCUUUGCGUCCGUGGGACCAAAAAUACAAAGUGAUCCGCAACCGUUUGACGGAAAAGGCCUGGGCGGAGAUCCAGCUUUCUGGACACCAGGCAAAGAAAACGGAGAAGAGAAUGAGUAAAAUCAUUGGCGCGAUUGUGAAAGACCUCAAAUUGCAUUACGGCACGGCACAGAGAAUGUUGGAAAGUGCUUUGGACGGAAAAGACCGGACAUUUGAAAAGACGGUUCCUGCAAUACCACCUCGAGCACAACCUGCGGAAGAAGAGGUCUUUUCUAAGAUGCGUGUUCAGAGGUCUCUGUAA